UGGUGGCCAGCCUAGCAGGUGCGAUCUUGUGUUGUUUAUUUACCUAUGCGGAGCUUCCAGAUUCACAUUCACACUCGCCGUCACCCCAAUUUCAUCCCACUCCAGUAAAUGUACAGAUAAACACUCCUCAUGACGGCUUGCCUCUGUCGAUAGUUCGUCACAGUCUUUCUUCAAAAUUUCAAUCACUGCUUUUUGGAACUCAAAGUCACCAUGCAUCAAGUAGCUAGUUCUACCGGCAAUCCUCGUCCGCUGAUCGCCACCCGUAAACCCAAAAACAACACACAAAGCAAAACACUUCAACGGUUGGAGUCGAUCACGAACUUUUCCAACUCUUUGCGACCCUUAGCGAACCGAGCACUGCACAAGAAGCGGCCCUCGAAGUCAGGAGAGAAUCGGAAGGCAUCCGAUAGCUCGGACGAUAGUCAACUCACACCAACCACGUCAGUGCAUGGCGAACAGCUCGCGAGAUCUCAUACCGGUACAGACCAGCGACUAAAGCGCGGUUUUCUGCCUCGAAGAAUUACAACCGGGAAUCUCGUCCUGAAGAAGGAGACUAAUGAGAGCAACAAGGGGCUUCCAUCAUCGACCAGCACAACAUUUCUGCCACGAUCUCGCAUUCCAUCACCUGUCAACAAAGAGAACCUGCGCAGCAGACGCCGAGAUGAGUCGUUCAGCCACUUCACCACCUCGCAGACACCCAGGUCUAUCACGCAACCCAAUCUGCAUGCGCCGGUCCUAAAUGCUCCGCUCCAGGGCAUCAACAAGUCACAAGGCAAGGAGAACUUCCGUUCCAGUAGAAGCCAGGCUACGAUACUAGCGACGACGACCGUGAACAUCGAGAGCGUUCCGCGCGAACCGAUUACCAGCAGCAUUCCUAAUGAACUGGCAACAGGGCGACACGAGAUUCGACGGAAGGAGCUUCCACAGUCGGCACUUCAAUCCAUCGCCGAGGCAUCCGAAAGCAGGGCAGACGUUCGAAAUGAGUCGAGCAAUGUCAGCAAUAUGGGAAUUGGAUCAACGCCGGCCAGGAGAUCGGUUGCCAGUCGAAUCCCGACGCCAUCGCCCGCGAUUCCCGUGGAAUGGGGUGAGCCUCUACGGCUUCCACAAACCAAGUCGUUCUGCGAGACAAUUCAGCAUCGACAAUUGAUGCGGCCAUUGAAUCCAUCUCUUCCUUCACCGAGUUUGCGGCAGCAGUCAGUUCCGGAUCUACUUCCACGGACCCCAGCAACGGCGGUGAAUCUCCGCUCUGCUUCAUCCAAGUUCACCGAAAUAGCGGAAGUCCGAAAGAGGCUAGGAAUCGAACACUCACCUACAAGGACGAGUAUUCAGUCAUCAUCAGGCAGAAAGCCGGGAGAUGUGAGUCACGACCAUGAAGGCCCGCGACGACAGCCCCCCUUAAGGAGCAUGUCCUGCUUUCAUACACCGCCACCGCACUCGAAUAUGAAAGAGGUCGAGGAACCGCAACCGCGGUCUUAUUGGGCGGGCCGUUUUGCUGCCCAAAGCGAUAUCAUCCUCAACGAAACCCUCGAAUAUUGUCCAGGACGGCCAGAGGACUUAGGUGAUCACCACAUCUUCUCCCCGUCCGAUCGCUGUCGACGGAACACCAAGCCGCCAGAGGAGCUCCAUGCGCAGCGGAUCUUUGAUAAGUUGCAGAGUCAGUGCAGAACACAGGAAGCGCUGGGCAGUCUCAAAGUAAGUCACUUGUCAUCAGGGUCCCAGGGUGCCCCAAAGGCACACGUUGAACCAGAAAACUAACUCCAAACAGACCUUCCAAGUGCAGUAUGCCAAGAUGCACAAGAUGCCAGAUCUUGCUUUGUACAU